AUGGCUCCUCUCGCUCUCCCCGACAUGGCGGCUCUCUUCCCUUCCGACAAGCCCGUCUUUGAGAAGGACAGCUGUGACGUCGUCUUCGUCCUUGGUGGACCCGGCGCUGGGUACGGCAAGGGCACCCAGUGCGCGCUCCUGGUUCAGGACUACGGCUUCGUGCACCUCUCCGCUGGUGACCUCCUCCGUGCCGAGCAGGACCGCGCUGGCUCGCAGUACGGUGACCUUAUCCGCCAGUACAUCAAGGACGGCCUCAUUGUCCCCCAGGAGGUCACCAUCAAGCUCCUCGAGAACGCCAUGUCGGAGGCCUACGCCAACCCCCCCAACAACGACGCCUGGAAGUCGGGCAAGGGCCGUUUCCUCAUCGAUGGCUUCCCGCGCAAGAUGGACCAGGCCCUCAUGUUUGACAAGGUGAUUGUCCAGAACUCGCUCGUCCUCUUCUUCGACACCUCGGACGAGGUCAUGGUCGAGCGCGUCAUGGGCCGCGCCAAGACCUCGGGCCGUGCCGACGACAACGUCGAGUCGCUCAAGAAGCGUUUCGUCACCUUCCGCGAGACGUCGAUGCCCGUCGUCGAGUACUACAAGGAGAAGGGUCUCGCCGUCGUCGUCGACGCCAGCCCCUCGACCGACGUGGUCUACGCCGAGGUCAAGAAGGUCCUUGCUGAGAAGCUCCACAUCUAA